UCGCUUUAGCAUAAUCUCUCUCGCCCAUCCAUGGUGAUGGUGCCAGUGGAUUUGGUGUUGGACAGUGGGCAAUCGCAUUAUACCCCCUCCAUCCCCACUCCAUACUAAUCAGUAAUCACGCAACCCAUUAUCGCAAUCUUCAUCUUCUUCUCCUUUCUUCUCUCUCUUGCGCUACCAAAUCUUCCCUCAGAGACUGAGUAACUGAGCAGGGCAAGAAACCAAGUGCAGAUUCUUUUGCCAUUUAUAGAAUUUCUGUUUUAUUUUUUAUGUUGUUUUGUUAGCGGAUUCUGUAAGAACGGAGAGAGAGAGGGGGAAUGGGUAAUUCAGGCAGCAGCGGCGGGCAUGGUCGCCGGAGAUAUGGUAGUCGGAGGAACCAUCCCCCGCCGCCGCCCACCGGGCCUCCUCAGCCUGAAAUCUCGGCGAAUCGUUACGUAUUCGCAGCGGCCACGCCGUACCCGAACCCUAACCCUCCACCGUACUACCAGUACCCGGGACACUAUCCGCCUCCGCCGCCCUCUAUGCCGAUGCCACUUCCGGCUCCGUACGACCACCAUCACCGGAUGGAACCGGGCCAUUGGGGGAGAUACCCUUGUGGGCCCAUGAUGCAGCCCCCGGCGCCUUACGUCGAGCACCAGAAGGCUGUCACAAUACGUAAUGAUGUUAAUAUCAAGAAGGAGACCUUGCGGCUCGAACCAGACGAUGAGAAUCCUGGGAAGUUCCUUGUCGCGUUCACGUUCGAUGCCACUGUAUCCGGGAGCAUUACUAUUAGUUUUUUCGCAAAAGAAGGCGAAGAUUGUAAACUGACACCUAUGAAGGAACACCUGCUUGCACCAGUGACAGUAAACUUUCAGAAAGGUCUGGCCCAAAAGUUCAGACAGUCCUCGGGAACCGGAAUUGACUUCUCAAUGUUUGAGGAAUCUCAGUUACUAAAAGAGGGUGAUUCGGAUGUCUAUCCUUUGGCAGUGAAGGCAGAUGCAUCCCCCGCUGAUCAGAGUGGAUCAGAUGAAAACCAAACUUCUGGAUCCCCAAAUUCUCAGAUAACUCAGGCAGUAUUUGAGAAGGAGAAAGGCGAAUAUCAAGCAAGGGUAAUGAAGCAGAUUCUGUGGGUGAAUGGGAUGAGGUAUGAGCUGCAGGAGAUAUAUGGCAUUGGGAACUCUGUUGAUGGUGACGUUGAUGCAAAUGAUCCUGGAAAAGAAUGUGUCAUUUGCCUGUCAGAACUACGGGACACAACCCUUCUUCCCUGCCGCCACAUGUGCAUGUGUGGCGGAUGUGCAAAGGUUUUACGGUUCCAGACAAAUAGAUGUCCAAUCUGCAGACAACCAGUUGAGAGGCUUUUGGAGAUUAAGGUCAAUAAUGGGCAUGAGGAAUAAGAUAGAAGAUGAGCUGCUGCCGCUAGCUUGCUGUAUGGUAUCACGUUGUUUUCUUCUCUCUUUUUGUUUCACUUGUAAUUUUCACAUCUGUUUCCCUUCCCUAAUGGUCAAAAUGGGAAAAUGUGAUCAAUAUGCUGCAUAACAUGGAGAAUACUGGCAAUACACAAAUUUAUGAGUCAAUGCCUUAUAUGUGUGAGUGGUUAGUGCCAAGUCCUCUGAAUACUUGCUAUUUGAUAAGAAAUAUAGUACUGAUUAUGUUGAGAA